AUGGAGGAUGGAAAGCAGGAGAGUGAAACUUCAGGAAAUUUAAUUGACUUAAGAAUAUUCAGAGAGACAAUACGGAGAAACAACAUAAGGAGACACGAGUUUGACAUUUCUAAGAGCAUUCAAGAAGACCAGAUGGAACUCUUUCAGCAGAUUGAGGACAACAUCAGUGCCAUGGGAGUGGACGGCCACGCGUGCAUCUUGAGGUUCAUUUGUGAGAUGCAGACCAACAGGUUCUCCGCGUCUUCCAUCUUCGGAGAAAUCUUCAGUCUAAUGUUUACGCCCAAGCAAGGCGACGACUACACCUUACUCAAAGAAUACAUCGAGGCGGAGAUGGCGGGGGUCGAGGGCUCCCAGCGGUGUUCCGAAAGGUACCUCACUUGCCCCGUCUCCGUUUUCUCAGCGCUCAGAAACCUCUCGGGCGGUCUGCUUGGGGGCUUCUCGACGCCGCAGGACAAGCCGUUGAAUUCGACCUUCCCUUCCAGCGGCGUGUCCUACCUGCAGGAUAGCUUGCCUUGGAUGGAGAACCAUCUAUGA